UGAUUUCUAAUUACAUCACCAAAUGAUGAACCUACAAGCACGAUACCAUUUCCAUUUGGCGGCACCUGACUUGCUGGAUCCCAAAUCUGCCACUCAGAACUCCAAGCCCCGGCUGUCCUUUUCUACCAAACCCACCGUGCUAACUUCGCGGGAGGAGAGUGAUAUAACUAUUAAUGUUAUGAAAUGGAAGACGGUCUCAACCAUUUUUCUAGUGGUGGUUUUGUAUUUAAUUAUUGGAGCUACUGUAUUCAAAGCCCUGGAGCAGCCACAUGAAACUAACCAGAGAACAACUAUUGUGUUCCAGAAACAGAUGUUUGUAUCAGAGCAUUCCUGUGUGAAUGACACAGAGCUUGAAGACUUAAUUCAGCAAGUAGUGGCAGCAAUAAAUGCAGGAGUCAAUCCCAAAGGAAAUGCACCUACUCACGUCAGUCAUUGGGAUUUGGGAAGUUCCUUCUUCUUUGCUGGCACUGUUAUUACCACCAUAGCUCAAGUUGUUUGUAAUUUAGGAUUUGGGAACAUCUCACCACGUACAGAAGGUGGAAAGAUAUUCUGCAUCAUCUAUGCCUUACUGGGAAUUCCUCUCUUUGGUUUUCUGUUGGCUGGAGUUGGAGAUCAAUUAGGGACCAUAUUUGGGAAAGGAAUUGCCAAAGUAGAAGACACCUUUGUUAAAUGGAAUGUGAGUCAGACAAAGAUUCGCAUAAUAUCAACAAUAAUAUUCAUACUGUUUGGCUGUGUGCUGUUUGUUGCUCUCCCUGCAGUCAUAUUCAAGCACAUAGAAGGCUGGAAUACACUAGAUGCAAUUUAUUUUGUAGUUAUCACUUUAACAACUAUUGGAUUUGGUGACUACGUUGCAGGGGGAUCGGAUAUUGAAUAUUUUGAUUUCUAUAAACCAGUGGUGUGGUUCUGGAUCCUUGUGGGCCUUGCAUAUUUUGCUGCUGUCCUGAGCAUGAUUGGUGAUUGGCUAAGAGUUAUAUCCAAAAAGACCAAGGAAGAGGUGGGAGAGUUCAGAGCUCAUGCGGCCGAAUGGACAGCCAAUGUCACUGCAGAGUUCAAAGAAACACGUAGGCGCCUGAGUGUGGAGAUUUAUGACAAGUUCCAGCGGGCCACUUCUAUCAAAAGGAAGCUCUCUGCAGAAAUGGCAGUGAACCACAGCCAAGACCUGACUCCUUGCAAGAGAACCUUGUCUGUUAACCACCUCACCAGCGAGAAAGACCUCUUGCCUGCCAUCACAAAGACAGACAGCAUUUAUAUGAAUGGCUUGACGCCUCACUGUGCAGCUGAAGAAAUCGCUGUUAUUGAAAACAUAAAGUAGCACUGACUUUGAAUCCUAAUCUUUUAAUAAGAAGAAGCCUAUGGUUUAGACUUAUCUUGUAGUUCCUGAUUUUUUUCCUCCUGUCCAUAACUGAUGCUAUUAGCAUUUUUUUAAAUCACGUGCAUGAGAUCCAAGAGAAAUCUACCCACAGUAAGGAUUCAGAGUCACCAUCAUAUUUCUUGAAAGACACAAAAUGAAUGGCACUUCUGUCAUUGACAAAUGCUGGAACAAGCAAUGUCCGAUGCCUUUUUUUUGUGCCCAGACUGUUUUUUCAUCUCUCCUAAUGUGCCAUAAGGCGUUAAGAAUGAAUAAUGCUGGUUUAGGUUAACAAUGUAGCUUUGAGGGAUCAGUCCUUAAAACUUUUCAGGGUCUACCUUACCAAGCCUAGGAAUGGACCGUGUAUGGACUACAAUCUAUAUUUAAAUGGCAAGAAAAUCUUAUGCAGCCUUUUACCUAAGAAAUUUUUGUCAGUGCCUUAUCUUUUAAAGAAACAGAACCUCUAUAACUCUCAUAUGGGUUUUUGUUUGUUUGUUCGUUGGUUCUUGCAUGAGUAACAUAUCUCAUUUUGUUAUUUCAUCAUGCCCCAAACAAUCAUGUUUUUAAGGGUGUCUAAAGCUGAGGAUACCAGCGAUAAGAAACAGAUGCCAAAUCCAAGGACAUCAAAGCACCACUCCUAAGUCUAGCUUUAAAGGCACUGCAAUUACAAGGGUUGCAAAAGGUGUCCCACCUGCAAGUAUUUUUUUUUAAACUCAGGUGCAGAUGAUACAUGUACACUCUCUAGACCUGUAGAAUUUAUGGAUCCAUAUCAGGUCUCAUUACUUAAGCACUAGUCAGCGGUUCAGCCCCAUGCAUCACAUACCAAAAAAUAUUCAGUUUUGUGUUACUAAAUUGUCCGAUAGGUGAUAUUAACUUGGUGCAUUCAAAAGACUCAUUUACAUACCAAGAAUGCAGAAUGAAUCUGAAGAAGCAGCAGAGCCAUUUCUAGUGAAUGCAAUGUUGCUGGCAGAAAAGGAUUCAAAACUUUCUUUGUUUUAGCCACGUCAUGCCAUAUGCUAUUUUAGCACAGGGAUCCUGCCUGCUGGAUUGCUUUCCUGAAUGUUACAUCUGACAAUGUUUUUGCCCACUCUGGAGCUGGGAAUGAAAGUGGGAAUGCAGUUGAAACUGGCAUCACUGUGACUUUCUACAUCGAGAAUAUAGAUGGUAUCUGAACACACAUGCAGACGUGAAAAACGGUUGACCAAUAGCACAAUCUGAAUAUAAUUGAAUAUUUGGAUAAAAUAGGCUGAUAUGCAGAUGUGAAACCAAUC